AUGGGUGUGUUUGGUGUUGAUGAAGUGAAGUCAGUGUCAGUGACGGAGAGAGAUUCUGUCACUCUAAACUCUGAUGAUACUGAAAUGCAGAGAGAUGAUCUGAUAAUGUGGACAUUUGGACUCGUUCUCAUAGCUAAAAUCAACGGAAAGGACAAUAAGAGAGAGUUUUAUGAUGAGAGAUUCAGAGACAGACUGAAGCUUGUGGAUCAGACUGGAUCUCUGAGCAUCACAAACACCAGAACCACAGACUCUGGACUUUAUAAAGUCACCAGCAGCAGAAGAGAGACGCCGCUCAACACAUUCAGUCUUACCGUCUAUGCUCGUUUACCUGUUCCUGUCAUCAGCAGAGACUGUUCUUUAUCAUCUUCAGGAACAUCUUCCAAUCAGAGUUGUUCAUUGCUGUGUUCAGUGUUGAAUGUGAGUGAUGUGACUCUCUCCUGGUACAAAGGAAACAGUUUAUUGUCCAGCAUCAGUGUGUCUGAUCUCAGCAUCAGUCUCUCUCUACCUCUGGAGGUGGAAUAUCAGGAUAACAACACCUACAGCUGUGUGAUCAACAAUCCCAUGAGCAACCAGACCACACAUCUGGACAUCAGAAAACUCUGUCACACAUGCCCAGUCUGUAUCUACUGCUGUGGUUCUACUGAAGCUGUGAUCCGAUUGGUUCUCUCUGCUCUGGUGGGUGUGGCUACUGUUGCUGUGCUGGUUUAUGACAUCAGAUCCAGAAGUCUUCAGCAGCAGAAAUCACAAUCAAAUGCUGAUUAA